UGAAUGCAAUUUUUACCAUAGUUUUCUUUAUGAUAGAGAAAUGAGUUCAGAAGUAAAGCAUACACCUGAUGGUAUCGAUUCGAGCAAAAUCGAUGUGGCUGUUCGCUUUUUAAAUAACCCAAAUGUUUAUUAUACUGAUAAAACUCGAAAGAUUGAAUUUUUGAAAUCUAAAGGAUUGUCAGACGAAGAAAUAGAAUUUGCAUUAAAUAAAGCAAAUGUUGAACAUCACAAAGAAGAUGACAAACAAGACAAUGGUUGGAGUUAUUCUGAUUAUUUUAAAGGAUUUGUUCUCAGUGCUGGAAUAUUAUCUGCAGCAAAUUAUGCAUACAAAGCUUAUUUCUUGCCGUAUAUUGCACAUGAGAUGAAGGACGAUCGAAGGAUUGAAAAUUUAAAUGAGACUGUUCAAGUUUUAAAGGAUGAUUUAAAGCAAAGUACUUAUGAACUUAACGGGACAUUAAAGCAUAUACAAGGUUUACUGGAAGAACAGCAAAAGUUAUUGGUUAGUUCUUCUAUGAAAAAUGAGGCUUCUUCGUUGACUGGCCUAUCAGAUUUAAAGACAGAAUUGGCUACAAUCAAAAGUAUGAUGCUCAGCAAACGUCAAUUCCCACCAGCACCAUUUACAUCACAAGGAACAACAGAGAUCCCUGCCUGGCAACAAGUGACAAGCAAAACAGAAGUAGAAGAAUCAGAAGAAGUCAAAACAGCCUAGCAUGAGUUAUAUAAAUCUGGUUGUAAUAUCAAUGAUACCUGACAGUUUGAUGAACUAAAGAAAAAAACAUAAUCUGAAAGUAACCAUUUUGUAAUAACCAAAUGGUCCCAAUUUCUCCACUGUUUUUUUUGUUGUUGAAAAUAUACUGUUAUUUUUAUGUUUAUGCCUUAUAUUAUUUUUAUGAUGGUGAAAUAUUAUACUUAAAGUUUUAAUUAUGAAUUCUCUUGUUUUUGUAUACAUGAUUUCCAACACUGUUACUCCUUUACCUUAAGCAAACUAAUUGUUACCUAUAUUUACUUAUGUGAGAGAAAAUUUAUCCAGGUUUAACAGAAAUUUUUAUGUAUACUCAGGGCUGGAAUCAAAAAUAUAAAAUCAGUUUGCAAAAAUUUAGAAAUUAUUGAAAUAGAUAAUAUAAACAAUUGAUAAAAAAAUGUAACUUGCAAAAAUUUUUGGGGAAAGGUUACUGUAGUAAAAAGAAUACAAAACUUAUGAAGGAAUGCCAGUUUUUCUUU